AUGGCGACACCAACAGCCAUGAAGCACGCUUCGCAACAGGGCCGCACUCCCUCGCAACUCGCCGCCGCGACUCCUCCCGUAUCGACUCCGUUCUCGAACCCCGCUCACGCUGCCUUCUCCCCCCGAGGUCCGAAAUCUUCGCCGCAGCAGUUCAAGAAGUCGCCUGCCACAUCAUCGCUGAUGGCGCAUAUGUCAAAUGUCCCCCUGAACUUUGACAGUCCUUCUACUGCUGCGGCCAUGGGCGCUCUUGGUAUCACAGGCGGUCUUGAUGUGAAUCUGAACAACGUCGACGUUGGUAAUCUGGGCGGGCUGCCAUCCCUCGUGAACGAGGACGACAAGCUUAAACGGUUGGAGACGAUUAUUGCAACUUUAGAUAAAAAGAAGGGACUUGUAAGCGAGGCUGGCUUGGAGCGUCUGGCGCAGCGCAUAGGACUCGACUGCCUCUCAGAAGACACCACAGCACCUGAUGGCCGAAAACAAAGAACUCUCGUCAUAGCAGGCUCGGCCAUUCAGCUUGACAUUAUUUUGGACAAUAAUAUUGUCGAGAAUAUCUCAUUGGCAUUUCCAGAAUCUGCUGCAUCGGUUACCAAGCAUGUUGGCCGAGCAAGUGAGAUUCUUCUGAAAGACCUGCAACUUCGCCCAAACCAAAGCCCGUUGACAAAAACGCUCGAUGAUUUCGCGAACAACCUUGAACGAUUAGCCGUCUUGGAUAAACUCAGCAUCGUCCCGGGUCUCGAUUGCCAUGAAGCACUGGCAGGCAUCUAUGCUAGCCUGGAGAGACUCCAUCAGUGGGAUGUCGCCAAGCUUCGCGAAGAGCCAGGAAUGAGUGACAAAUCAGAUGGUGCUUUAUCCAUGGCAGCAAUGUGCACCCGCCACGGCUUCCCUGUUAUGCACUCAAAAGACCGAGUAGGACUGGCACUACAAUAUUGGAAGGUUCUCCGUCAUAUUCAGCCAACGAAUGAGCAGAUGGCUUCAUUUACUGCAUCGCGAGAACAAGUCUGGUCCCUUCUUAUCGGAUGUGCUCCUAUAAUUGACGAGGUGAUGCCUGUGCGAGUCUCUGAGAACUGGCUUUCCAAAGAUGUCAUAAAGUCAGAGCCUUCCAUCAACCCCAAGCAGCCAAAUCUGGAUUGGCAAGAACCUGGCAACGUUGUGCUCCCACCCUCGGAGGAGAAUAAGAAUGCCGGAAUGGAGAUGCUUCAGCCAGACCUGUCUACAGCGAGGGUACCGCAAGUCAUGUUCAUCGCUACUUUUGACCCGCCAAUCAUCAUGUCUCACAACGAUUGGUCACAUCUAUACACCAUCGUCAACAUGAAGACGCCCCAACUUUACGGCUACGUACCGACCUUUGACAGUCUACUCUUCCCUAUUCCUCCAGGGAGUGCCCAGGAUCCCAGCGAGCUCCGUGCAAUCUCUCGCCAACGCGAUGUCCGAACUUACGAUAAGAAUCAGAAGCCGGCUCUUAAACCUCACCGCAACACCCUGUACAUCUAUAAGCAGGUUUACUCGCACAGGGUUACCGAGAUCCCAUUCUCUCACCCCCAGCAGCUUAUUUAUAUGCUUCCACUACUCCGACAGUAUGCCUUCCUCGCAACGUUACUUGAGAACAGCUUUGGAUCGGAGACAAAAGAGGCCGGACCACUGCCUAAGCGAGGAGAUGCCGCGGUGCAACAACCUAAGUCAAAUGUUACUACUCGGGAUGAGCUAGCUGAUUUCAUGAAGUCAGCCUCUGUGUCUGAUGAGACUGCGACUCCUGAGCCCUCAGAGUUGAAGCUCGACGUUACUUUGUGGGUUCAUCCAAUGCCCCAUUUACAGGUUGUCUUCCCCUUCAAGGACUCAAUCGCCAAUAUCACACUGAAGAUCCUAGAGGAUGGGGUUGUUGAUGUUGCCGAAGAGAACGUCCUUCCUCGUUCUGAGGACAAUGCACAGGGAAAGAGGCUUACACGAGCGGACUUGGGUAAAGUGCUGGAACAUAUGGAGGACUUGUGCAAAUGGGCAGAAUGGAUUCGUACAAGACUUGCAUGA